AUGGACGACGUUUCCAAGUUUCUUCAAGACGUCAAGGAGAUGAACGCACGGAGAACCGAAGAAGACGAUGCCCGCCAGAGAGAAUUGGACCAGAAAAUCCAGCAAGAGAAGAAGGAGCGCCAAGCUCGUCGUGCCGAACGUGCAAGAUCCAUAUCCCCCCAGAAAUCAUCCCCCGCCAACACGCCGCCCCCCUCGUCCCAUCGCCACGCCACCCAGCUCUCUGGAUCCCUGAGACUAUCUCCCGCCCUCGACGUAUCGGCUAGCCCACCAUCCGCCGCCUCGAACGCCAUUUCAACCGAGCCCAUAAGCAAACAUCUCCAUCGCCCUGUCGUCGACAACACCACGGAACAGAAGAAGCCAGCUACCACCGUCAUGCCCGCCUCAUCCUCGCCGAAUACCGCUACUACGCCUCAAGGUCCCAGGGCCUUGUCAUGGCAGAGACGUCCUCCACCAUCCUCCCGGCCGUCCGACUCCGACUCGUCCAGAACCAGACCACUAUCCAUGCUGCCCACCCCCACUCAGAACCAGAACGCAGCCAGACCCGCCGCCCCUCCCGUCGCCGCUUCCGAGUCCUCUUCCGCUACCGAAUCCUCUUCCGCUACCGAGACGACCUUUUCCAGAGACCAGAUCGCCCAAGCACUGGGCUCCAAGGAUCCUACCUGGUUCCGUCAGACCGCCGACCGAGGAGGCCUCGGCUCUGCCGCCUACCGGAAACCCCAGGUCGAGGAUCCCGAUCCCUUGGACAUGUCGUCGAUGCGAGCCCAGCUACCGGGCAUGAGCCGCGUCGUGUCCACCGAGUCCGCCAAGACCCGCUCGACCGAAGAAACCCCAGAAGUGCCAUUCGCCAGCGGCCGCACAUCUCCCACCAAACCUCCCUCACCUACCAAGGGCAUGGGCGGCUUCGUGCAAAGCGCCAUGAUGAAGAGGUCGGACAGCGUCAAGAGAUGGACCGUCGCCUCCCCUCCCGCCGUCGCCAGGGGGGACUCCAUCGCCCCGGGUCGCGGGGGGGAUAGGUCUAGCACGGCACGCUCUAGGUCACGGCCCACCAGCAUGUUCCGCGAGCGCCGCUCCGACACUUCCGCCGAAUCCUCGCGCCCUGGCUCGAGAGAGGGGCCGACCGAUACCAACCCUGCCGCCGACCAUACGCCCAAGCCCAGCAGGACCGCCGCCUCUGCCGAAACGUCCGUGGAUAGCAGCAACAACACGGCCACGGCCACGGCCACGCUCGGGGCUCACGACGACCCCGCCGUCCCUGUCAGCCCGUCCAAGACCAUGGACCCUCGACGAUGGAGCCCCACCAAGGCGAGCUGGUUGGAAACCGCCCUGAACAAGCCCGACUCUGCCAAGCCCAAGCCCGCCCCUCCUUCUACGGCCCAUCAACCCGCCUGGAUGGUGGAGCUGAACAAGGCCAAGGCCCAGAGGGCUAACAACAACCCCGACAACCCCGACAACCCCGACAACCACGGCCUCGGCAAGCCCGCGCCCCCUGCGCCGUCUAAGCACUCGGUCAACAUUGGCGGACUUAUGAGGUCGUCACCAAUGGGCGCCGCCGCCGUCAAGACGUCCCCCGCUGGGCUCGGCGGCAUCUACUCUCCUCCGCCGACGACGGCAACAACUAGUAGUCACCGCCGAGGCGCCGGGAGUAUCAGCAUCAGCGGCGGAAACCUCCGCGACACCUUGUUGUCCAGGGGGAGUGGUACACCGAGCCCGACCAAGAUGGAGCCAGACACGAGGUCGAACACGAGGUCGAACACGAGGUCGAACACGAACUCGGCCACGGCCACGGCCACCGACAACGCCGAAGAAAAAGCAAACAAGCCAGCAGAUCCCCAUGCUCGCCCCGUUCCGCCUCCCGCUGCCGGCAAAUCCAAACCCGAAACCCCUCCCAAGAAGGACUUUCGAGCGAACCUCAAGCCCCGCCAGGCAUCCGUGGAUUCGUCGUUGCCGUCGUCGUCGUCGUCGUCGUCGGCCGUGCCGGCACGCAGGGAGCAAGAGAUGGAGUUCAAGAACGUCUUCGGCACCCUACGCCGGGCCGAAACCAGGAACUACGUCCCCCCGGACGAACUGAAGCAGAACAUCAUGCGCGGGAAGGCCGCCCUGAACGUCACCGGCGGGCCGAACCCCAGCGAGCGGAAAGACGAGUUCAAGGAGGCCAUCUUGAAGAAGAAGGAGGACUUCAAGAAGGCCCAGGCCGAGGGACGCGCCGUGACUGUCACGCGCAGCGCCACCUUGCCCACCGAGAAACCCCUUGUCCCAGAGGGUCUCGCGAAACGGGCGGAAUUGCAGAAAUCUGUCGCGAGGAGGAAAGACGGCGCCGCACCCGGUGGACCCGGUGGACCCGGUGGAGGCGGCCUGGCAGAUCGCUUUAACCCGGCGCUCGCCGGCUUGCUGGCCAAGGGCCCUCCUCCCAUGGCCACCAACGGCCGUGGAGGUCGGAACGACCCCGAUUCCAUCGCAUCGCCCGAAACCACUCCCGAACCCUCCGCUCCUGGACCUCAGUUGACGCACAUGACUAAGGGCCGUGCCCGAGGUCCCAGGAGAAAGGCGCCGACGUCGGCUCAGCCAGCCGCGGUUGCAACAACUCCGGCCAAGCCACUCCAGGCGGCACGCUCUUCGUCCACACCCGUGCGGUCCCCGUUCAGGACGGAGCCCACGGUAGAGGAAGAGGAGACAUCCUCCCGAUUGGAAGUCGUCUCCCGGUCAACACCGCCGCCGGUAUCCCCGUCAUCGUCUCUGCCUCGGUCCAUCCAAGCCCAAGUUGCCGUGAAGGCCGCCAUCCGGCACAAGCCUUCGCCGCCGAGGCCCGUGGAGAAAGCAGUGGUGUCCUCUAUAGAACCCGAGCUCGAGCUCGAGCGCGAGCCCGAGACGCCCUCCACGUCGCGGCAGACUUCGAUGACGCCCCUCCGAUCCAAUGGAGGCGCAGAGUUAAGGGAAGGAGAUACUGUGACGACUCCCCUGGUAGGCCGGAAGCUGCCCUCGCCGCCAGCGACCAAGGAAAAGCCGACCGACAUCGCACCGCUUGGAUCCUUUGGCACACUCAGACGCACACCAUCACCUACGAAACGUAGCGAAAACGAACCCAACCAGCCCGAGGAACCCCAACCGUCGUCUUCUCCCAAGAAGUUGGACUUGAAGAGGGUAUCGAGAUUCGUGGCUGAGCCGGACACCACCACCACCAGCGCCGCCACCGCCACCACCGCCACCAACCUCAAGUCAAACGAGAAGGCCAAAGCAGUCGUCCGAUCAGAAGCGCCAAAACGGGAGAGCAUCGUGCCGCCGCCUCUCCGGACUUUGAACAGCAACCAACAACAACCCAACGAAGUCUCGGCCUUCCUCGACGGCUUCUUCGGAACCCCCCGCCCCAAGAGGGACUAUCGCGUCGACACGGCCGAGAUCCUCUCCAACAAGACCAGGGUACCCAGCCCCGCGCAGGGUCCAUCUACCACCCAGCUCUUCCAGCUCUUCGGCGACGGCAAGAAGAGGCCCGUGCCGGCGCACAACGAGCGCGUCCUGUUCGAGCAGGACAUGUACCUCUGCGCACACCACUACACCACCGAAUCCGGCAGGCGCGUGUCGGAAACCUACUUCUGGGCCGGCGACCAAGUGGCCACCUCCACCGUCGAGGACGCCCAGCUCUUCGCGAGCCGCGAGGCCAGGACCCUCGGCAGCGGCAGCGGCAGCGGCAGCGGGAGCAGUCCCCUCGUCCGCCUCCGGCAGGGCAAGGAGACGGCCGCGUUCCUGCAGGCGCUGGGCGGCGUCGUCGUCACGCGCCGCGGGUCCAGCGACAAGCACGACUCGCUGGCCCCCAGCAUGCUCUGUGGACGGCGGCACCUGGGCCAGGUUGUCUUCGACGAGCUCGACAUGGCCCCGUCCAGCCUCUGCUCGGGGUUCCCUUUCUUGGUCGCCUCCGGGGGCCAGUGUUAUCUCUGGAAGGGCAAGGGGAGCCAUGUCGACGAGUUGAGUUCCGCGAGGCUGGUGGGCAUGGAUUUGACCUUGACGGGGGAGCUUGUCGAGGUCGAGGAGGGGAGGGAGCCGGAUUCGUUCUGGCAGCUGUUCGGCGGCGGCGGCGGUGGUGGUCUCGCAACGGCGGCGGCGGCGGCGAGACCUGCUUCUUCUGCCGAUCACUGGCGUCUGAAGCCCAACUACGACAAGUACUGCGGCCGGCUUUUCUUGUCCGAUGCCGCUUCACCCCGGCAGACAACCCACGUCUACAUCCUCGACGCCUUCUUCGAAAUGUACAUCCUCGUCGGCCGCGACGCCCAGUUCCAGUACCCGGCCUUCCGCAACGCCCUCGACUUCGCCCAGGAGUACGCCAUCCUCGCCUCCAGCAUGGAGGACCGCCCUUACGUCCCCGUCUCCACCGUCGUGCUCGAGGGCAUCCCGCGCGACCUGAAGCGCGUGUUUCGCAAGUGGAGGGAUGACGCUGCUCCCACUGCCCUGCCGCCCUCGCAGUCGCAGUCGCAGUUGCAGUCGCAGUCGCGGCAGGGUGGAGAAGGGCGGGGAAGUGAAGGCGCUGCGCCUCCCGCCGGGGGGUUGAAGAGGGGGAGGAGUCUGAGGAUCGUGACGCUUACGCAGGCGUUGCGGGCCAUCAGCGAGUGAAAGAGCUAAGAAGAAACAAGAAAACUGAAAGAAAAAGGGAAAAAAGAAAAAAAAAGAAUAACAAAUGUACAAUGUCUCUCUCUGUCUGGAUUUAUCUGUUCAUAGCAUGGGAAAGGAUCAAUGGAUGAUGGGGGUUUGCAUGGCAUGGCGAAGGGCGUUUGUCCGCUUCGAGAAUCCUCCUACCUGGCAUAUCUGGGCGGGCGCCUCUGUAUUGAAAUGAACCACGAUUCCGUGCUUUGUUGUUGUUAUAUUAUUUAUAUUUGUGAACCUUUCGUCUCUGGCCGUCGUAGCAUGUAAUUUUCCC